AUGCGUCGCCUACAUCGCUGCUACGAAAAGCUGACUGAUGAAUGCACUGUAACGGAUGCGUCCAGCCUCGAAGAGGUACAGCGUACAACCGCCUCCUCCGCUCUUCGGGUCAUAGAACAGGUCCAGCGGAUACUCGAUAGCUCGCCGAGCGACGAGGCCGUAAUUGGGACUCGGGACAUAGGACACCUGCGCACGCUCAUCUCAAUCGUCUUCAAAUGGGGCACGGAGCCUUUACUUGCGGCGGUCAUGCCUCUCUGGCCUCUCAAGUCGUCGAAGAGCCGUAGCAGAUUCCAGGACAUUUCAUCUGCGGGAAACACCUAUUCUCAGUUGGCGACGAUGGCCAGCAAGCUUCUUUCUCUAGUAUUUCCCUGCGGAAUGGAGGGCAAGGUAGCAGAGACGGCGAUCACAACAACACUUAUUCAUCGACACCUCGUCGAUCUGCUGAAGCCGUGCGUCACACUAGGCUGGCUACCUGGCUCUAUUGCUACUCCCGCAACACCCGUCCAGGACAACAUACGCCCUCUGGUGAUGCGCCUUCUCCACAUACUACCGUCUGCGCAGAUCAUCGUGGCUCUUGGUGGCCUCCUCUCCUGGUCACCGCUGCCCCUACACGUCCAUAGGGCUUGCACGACCCUUCUGAGCAGGCAGCUGUUGCGCCCAGACGGCGUCCGCGGUCUUUGCGCUGCCAUAUUUGGGGAAGAAAAAUCGGCAGAAGACGAGACAUCGCUCGACAAGCUUCAGCACGUCGCAAAAAUACUGAUUGCCAUCCCCGCAGGGAUUAAGCCAGAGGAGUACUUCACGAAAGUCAUCCCACGUAUACUAGAGCUUCUGACCGCCAAUGUUCCCGCUUCCUACCGCCGCGCCAGCGCCUUCGCCAUCUCGCGCAUGCUCUCCAGCGAUGGCUCGUAUCCGCACGCUGCCCUCGCUUCAUCCAUCCUGCUGCCGAUGCUCCAUCGACCCCUGCUAGAAUAUACGUCCGAUGAUACAACCACCGAAUUGGCGCCUUCGCGCGCCCUGGAUACGCUCGUCGCCUUGGUCAGCAACACUGACCCCUCACCCGAGCUAAUGACCAUGCUACUUUCCCCCGUCGCUUCUGCGCUGUACUCACUGAAAUACCACCUCGAUCGGACCAAGACGUCUGACCCUACCCUCAAGGAGUCGGUGGGCGGCUUGCUCUCGACUUGGGGUAGGAUCGUCUCUGCGGAGCAUGGCAUCGAUACAUUCUGGCGGAUCGUUGACGGUGAAGGCGGCUUCUGGGAGACGGACCUGGAGGGCAACAUCAAGCGGGUCGAGAAACCGAACAAACUACCCUCCCUAUCUAUGCUUACUCCGGUGGAUAGAGAAAAGCUCGACGAGCUGGACAUCAACGCGAAUAUUCUGGAUCUCUAUCCAGAUCCGGCUCACUUCGUCCAAUUCUUGCAGAGCAUCGACCGCAAUGAUAUUGCGGCCGAGCUGUUUGUGCGUUUGCUGGAAGCUUACCGGCAAUCCAAAACCCGCAGCGAACAGGAUCCGACAAGGUCGCUGUUACUUCUACAGCUCGUGCUGCAGAUGCAGACGAAGCUGUCUGGCGACGCGACGUCAGGCUUCCUGAAGCGUCCGUCCCAUAUCUUGGCCUUCAUCAAGCACACUUUGGAGUCCCUGGACGCAGACAAGGACAAACCCAGCGAAAGGCUCGAUGUUCCUGACGAACAGCUCGAGACGCUCCGCAUAGUGCCUUCGAUGAACGAAGAAGACGACGAUGCUGCAGACAGCGACGACGAACACGAGGGCGCAAACACGGUGUCGCCGGACGACGAGAUGCUGGAGACUACAGUCAAUCUCCUCCUCUCGAUCUUGGAGGCCAACGAGGACCUGUCCGCGCGCACAGACCCGAUCCUCAACGACAUCUUCGUCCUCCUCGAGCCGCUGUCUAUGACCGGCAGCGACGCCAUCCGCCCUCUAGCUCGUGAGGCGAGGGUCGUCAUGACCGCGCGCCUUGCCUCGACUUCGGGAGCAUCGACCUCGUCCAAAUCCUCGAAGAAGGGCGACGCUGAGGAUGCGCAGGAGACCUAUCAGAAAGCGCUCAAGCUCCUCCAGGACCCCAUCAUGCCCGUCCGCGCGCACGGUCUCCUGCUCCUGCGGCAGCUUGUCUCCCCGGGGGGCGGCAAACGCACCACAGGUGUCGACGCACGCGCCCCCACCAUCGACCGCGCCCUGCUGCCCGCUAUCCUCUCCAUCUUCCUUCAAUGCGUGCAGGAUGACGACUCGUACCUGUAUCUCAACGCACUCCAAGGUCUUGCCGCGAUGGUGGACUCGUUUGGAAAGGAGGUGUUGAGGGGUUUGUUGAACGACUACUCCGGGAAACUGGACGGGCUACAGACCUCGACAAUGACCCAGCAAGAUCUGGACGUGCGCAUCCGUGUGGGCGAAGCCCUGGGGCUUGUCAUCAAGCGGUGCGGGGAGGCGCUGGGAAUCUACGUGGACAUGCUCGUUCCCGUCCUCUUCAGCAUGGUGCGCUCAGCGUACCUCCCGACGACCCUGCGAACGUCCGCGCUGUCCCUGCUUGGUGAUUGCGUGCAUACCUAUGCGCUGGCGAUGCUGCCGUACGUGCCAGAUUUAACGUCGGCGCUGUUGGAUCUGCUGCAGGUGGAGGGCGUGGUGGGCGACACGGUGCCAGAAAAGGCGGGGAAGGAGCUGCCAGCGAAGACGGAGCAGCAGUUAGCCGAGGGUCGAAAGAAACCCGAGCACGCUAGGAGACCGAAGCCGGCACCAUCCAUGGAUUCGCUGCCCACAUCCACGAACUCGAAGUUCCCGCCCCUCCGUCGCGCCGCGCUCCACUUCCUGGCGCUGCUCAUCCGCACGACGACGCAGCAUCGCGCGAAGAUCACACUAGGGUACAUCGCGAGCACGGAUCAGGAUGGCAUUGUCCGCGUCAUGGCCAGGGAGGCGGUCGAGGAGCUCGGGGAGCUCGAGCGCGCGUUAUGA